GUCAGGACAGUAUGGCAGGCUGGACUGUGUGGAUCCUCGUCAUGUGCAUAGUGCUGACUGGGAUAGGUGAGCUAUCGUGCAGAGCUACCAUUUUAUUAUGAAUAGUGUUUGACAGUUUGUCUUGUUUUAAUCUUAAUUUGGUAUUGAGCAUUGAAGAGAUUCUCAACAACCUUCCUGUGGUUUCACUUGGCUAUUUUACUAAUUCAUAAAAUAGCCGGAGACAAAGACAUUUUCUACUCGAGAAAAUCAAUAACACUUGCUGAUAUAAGAGACAAAAUGAAUCAUACUUGUUAUCCAAGUAAUGCUAAACUGUUUAGAGGUGUGUUUUCCUGUGGUCACUUAACUGAUUUAAGGAGUCUAGAGUUUCAUAUAUGGAAUUUAACAGUUGUGCACAUUACAGGACAAAAGACUGAAAAAUGCCUUUUGUGACUUCCAUCAGUGUUUGGAGGGGCAAAAGUCACUUUUACAUACAUUAUAUUAGUAUUAUGUUAUAUUUACAUAUAUUAUUAUUGAUACAUGUAUGCAUGUAUACAUAUGCACAAAGUGUAGCCACAGAUUUUCCUUUAAUAUACCCAAGUUUUGUUCUGUAUGACUUUGAAUUCAGAUAUCUAGUACAUUCACAGCCGUUAAAAAGAUGAGAUUUGAGUUGGACCAUCCAAGUAUAAAAAAAACACAUACCUUCCUUAUAAAUUGGAAUAUCUAUGUUUAUUCACACCAGUUCCCCCUCUUCUUUGUUAGGGGUUACCUUGAAAGGCCAAGCAGUAAACCCCUAAUAGUUUAGCACAAUAGUAAAGUAGUUUCUGACAACAUACCGGUCCUGACAACAUAACUGCGUUAAUCUGUUUGUUGUCAUGGUCAAAAGAAAACAUGGUACUGUGGUCUUAAGACUAUGAAGUGAGAAGAAAGAUGCAAGUUAACCAGUCAAAAAACUGAAGCACACAAGUUAAGUUAGGUCUUAAGUCGGGCCUAUGACCUCAAGUUUUCACCAACAUAAAGUAAAAAUAACUUUUUGCACUCUGAGCAUAGUGCAUGUGUGCCUUGGUUUGCACUGUAGAGCAUUGCAAACUCAUUUCAUUUGUGUUAAACUCUGUUCACCCAUUAGCGAAACCAUUUUAGCAGCACUGUUCUUUGUAAAAACCUUUGCAAAACUAAAACAAGAAUAUGCCCUGAAUAUGAGUAGAAUAUGUGAUAGUGAUCUAUUUCAAUCCAUCAGACAGUACGUACAUUCAGUAGGGUUUGAAAAAACUGCUUCUCUCAAGCACCACCUUGUGUCCAUAUGCACUCAUUUCACUUUUCUACACAGCAUGAUUGACUUAAACAUAUAAGAAACACAAAUAUUAAGGGUUUAAAGAUGGAAGUAAUACAUGUGUUCCUUUUUUUUUCACAGGGUCAAAGGCUCAGGGUAAGUUUGUCACAAUUCACUCCACUUGGCUAUGUAGUUGCCCUUAGUGAUGAAAAAUACCAAAACUUGCAGUGCAACGACAAUGAAUAUACAGAAGCAGCUCAGAAAGAUUGAAAUGCCCCCCAAAGUUUUUUUUUUCAAUAAUUUAAUUAAAAGAGUAAAAUUUUCAUAUAUUCUACAUUCAUCACACACAAAGUGAAAUAUUUUGAGACUUUUUUGUUUGAAUCUUGAUGAAGUCACGUAAAUCAAAAAUCCACUUUCUCAAAAAAAAGAAAACAACUAUCCAAUAAAUAAAAAAAUUGUGAUGUAGCAUGAGAGUGAUCAGUCUGUGUCUCUGCUGAGGUGUUAUAGAAGUCCAGGUUGCUUUAAUAUCUUCUUCAGCUUCUUCAACCAAAGUAAUAUCAUGGUCAGUAAACCAGUUUCUGGUAGUUUUGGCAGGUACCAGGAAAAGAAAACCUAAACCUCCAUGAAGCUUCCCAGCAGAUACAAGCAUGAAGAGCUCUAAAAUCUCUUGGUAAACUUCAGGCUGUGUUGACUCUGUACUUGAUAAAACCCAGUAGACAAAUAGAGGGAGAUGACAUGGCACUCUGAAUUAUCACAGACUGCAGGGACCUCAUGCUGGACUUGAAGCAUCUUGAAUUCUGAGCCUUCCCUAUCUUCCUCCUGGGACCUUAAUUUCCAAAUGCGAUGCAAAAUUUACUUUCUUCUGAAACCGGACUCUGGACCACUGAGCAACAGUCCAGCUCUUUUUCUUCUUCGCCCAGGUGCGAUUGAGAGAAUAAGUAAACCUUUGCAGAUGUUCAGAGUACAUCAGCUGAUAAGAGCUCUCUGUUUUGAGAAAGUGCUUUUUUUUUAUUUUAAUGAGUUUUAAGCCGAAAUCCUCAAGAUUCAAACAACAAAAAAACAUAUGAGAUGAAUCUAGAAUAUACGGAAGUUUGACUUGCUGAAUUAAAUUAAACUUUUUCGGGACAUUUUAAUUUGUUUGAGCUGCGCCUGUUUUAUCAUAAAUGCAGAAAAUCAGCCUGAUAUAGAUUUCUAUGUGCUCUGACAGACUGUGGAGUGGCUCCCCUGAACACAAAGAUAGUAGGUGGGGAGAAUGCUACUGCUGGGUCCUGGCCGUGGCAGGUCAGCAUGCACUUUGGAUCAAGUGGUAGUCGACAGCACAUCUGUGGAGGGACCCUAAUCAGUGACCAGUGGGUCCUCACAGCAGCUCACUGCAUCUUUACGUAAGAGAAACUCAUCAGAUCCUGUUUCAUUUCUUGAAAAAAAUACAAUUAGGAUGCUUCAUAAACACCAAGUUUAGAAAAUAUGCAUCACAUGCACAUGCACCUGUGUUAGAAAGCUUUGUUAAAGGUGUGAAACCAUAUGACUAAAAACACUUUGCUAACACACAUUUGGAAAGUGUAGUAACUCCCUAGUGUCAACAAGUCCAUGUUUAAAGUAAAGAAAACUCAUCGACCUCCACUUGAAAAAUGGAUUUAAGGAUUAAAUACUUUUACUUGAGUUGAAGUGAGGCUUUAUACGGUACACUCGGGUAAAUGAUUGAAUGAUAUUCCUGGUUCAGAGGGUUGAAAGUGUUGUAUGUGAAUAAAUAAAGGAGAAUAGGUUAGCUCAGAACGGCAAUUUGUUAUGCUUAUGAUGUUUGUUUCGAGAUUGUGCUUCUAAUAGAGACCUUAUGAGCCCUUUAAAUACAUAGAAAGUAAUGGUAAUCUGAUAGCCAUGUUAGCUUAGAGUGUACUGGACUAUGUUUGCACAGGAAUCAAACAGGUGGGUUCUCCUGAAACACAGUGCUAUGACUUAACAUGGGUUUAUUUCAUCCUUUACUCAGAACCUCAACUCCUCCAUGGGUCCUCUACAUGGGGAGAGAGACUCAGAGCGGCCCCAACGUGAACGAGGUGAGAAGCACUGUGUCCCAGAUCAUUCUUCACCCUGACUACAACAACACCUUGUUCAACAAUGACAUCGCCCUCAUGAAGCUAAGUAGUCCUGUCACUUUCACCGACUACAUCCGACCUGUCUGCUUGGCGAGUAACUCCAGUCAGUUCCACAACUCCACUUCCUGCUGGGCCACCGGCUGGGGCAGACUUGGAAAGGACGGUGAGUUUCAGGCCAUGCUGAGGUAGAAUUAGCACUCUAGUUCGGAAAUAUCUCAUGAUCUUUUGUUCUGACAUUUCACCGGAGUAAAGACACAAUUCAAUGUUUAAAAAUUUGAAGUUUCUACGUUUCUCCCACAGAGCCCAACCAAGCUUUUGAUAGUCUCCAGGAGGUUCAGAUUCCUGUCAUCGGAAACAAUCAGUGCACUUGCAACUACAUCCCAGAACCAGCAGCAAACAUCACAGACAGAAUGAUGUGUGCCGGGCAGGAGAACAAAGGAGUCUGUCAGGUUGGAAAACAACAUCUUAUUGCGCUUUUCAAAUAAUAGAUGGACAGACUUACUAAACUUCUAUUUCUCCUAUAAUUUGGAAUUAUUCUCAUCAAGCAUAAGAUUUCUGUUCUAAUCUCAUUUUUAGCCAAUAUCUAGUUAUAAUGUAAACUUUGUUGUUUCCUACAAUAAUUUUAUCGUCACAAAGAAAUGUGGCAUAUCAAGUUUUGGUAACACUUUAUUUGAGGCCUAUCUCUAUAACGCAUUAUAAAUAUAUGUAUAAUGUGUUAUAAUCACAUUAUAACACUGUAUAGCUAUAGUUACAAACACUCAUAAAUGACCAUAAUGCUUUAUAGCAAUAAUCAUAACACAUGAUAAGGCAUUUUAUCAUGACUUACAAGGUCAGGUAUUAUAAUGUGUUAUAACUGUUCACAACAUUUGAUCAUUUAUGAGUGUUUAUGACUAUAGUUAUACAGUGCUAUAACAUGAUUAUAAUGCAUUAUACAUAUAUUUAUAAUGCGUUUUAGUGAUAGGCGUCGAAUAAAGUGAUACCCAAGUUUUAUUCUGUACAGUAAUUUUAAAUUUUGUUGUACACUAGGGGGACUCUGGUGGACCUUUGCAGUGUAAACAAAGUUCAAAGUGGAUCCAGGCUGGCAUUAGCAGUUUUGGAGUACCUUGUGCCUUGGCUGGUUUCCCAGAGGUUUUUGCCCGAGUUUCUGAAUUCCAGGAAUGGAUCACGGAUAAUGCGGCGGGGGCGACUAUUAGCUUUGUGACAUUCACUUCCAGUGGCACUGACCCAGACAACAACUUUUCGUGUCGAGUUGAUACAAGCUCUGAGACAUCAAGAGCUGCUGGUGGGGUCACAUUGUUUACCAUCAUCACUGCGCUCCAGCUCCUCAAAUGGCUUCUAUAGCACUGUUUGCACUCUUCAUAUUUUUAUAUCUAAGAUUCUUGUGUUGUAUCAUUUGAAUGAUUUUAUAUGAUCUAAGCACUAAUACACAGGAGCUAUGGAGCCCUUGAAUGUUUGAAGUUGUUUUUCUGUUGCACUAUACUUCUACGUUGCACUAUAGUUAUUGUUAUUACCCGUUUACCUGUUUUAAUAAUGUAACACUAUUAAAACGGGCAUCUUGUAUAACUUGCCUUUUAUUUGUUUAUGCUAUGUGUCAACAAACUAGAUAGUUUUGUAACCCGUAAUGAUAAACAUGUAUAUACAUGUACAGUACAUAGAUAUAUAGCCAAAGACUUGUUUUGCCCAAUCAGUGACAAUAGGUUUACUGAAAGAAGAUUUAUUACCUGAUUAAAAUAAAAAAAAAUACAAAAAAAUA